AUGGGAGAAGAAAAUGAGAAUUUUAAAGGAGAAGAGAACAAAAAGGAAAAAAAAGAUGGGGGAGCUAAAGCUAUUAAAGGAGCAGGUGGUGAGGAAGAUGAAACUGAUAAUAAUGAUCAAGGUUUGGAUGACAUGAAUUUUCAUGAUGAAGGUGUUGAAAAUGAUAAAGGUGGUGAUGAUGAAGAAGAACAAAACGAUAAAGGAGGUGUGGAGGGGAAGAAUAUAGAAGGGAAGAAUGCUAAGAAAGGAGAAGGAAGAACUGAAUUGAUAGGAACAAAUGAUGUUCAUGGAAAAGAGUUUAACAAUACUAAAAUCUUAAAUGAUGAAGAAGUCAAUUCUGCUUAUGACAAGAGCUUGAAAGAAUACAAAGAUCAAAAAGAAAAGAGUAUGAUGCCCUCGUAUGACCUCAACAUAAGCCAGUUGACACCCCCAGACAUGAAAGAGAAUAUUGGUGAAGAAGAAAAAGAUAAAGGUAAAAAAGAAGUUGUGAAAGAUGUACCAAAUCCAAAACGAGAGAGCCAACCGACGAUACAAUUUAUGAUUUCAAAAAAUCAAAAUAAAGAGUCUUUGCCUGAGGUUACAGAAAAUCAAAAUAUAACUCAACAACCUCGGCAACAAAGAAAGAAUAAGACAUACGAAUUAAUGAGGUCUCCAUAUAAAGAGAGAGCGAUUUGCUUGAAAACAAAAUUAACAACAGAAGAAGAAAUGUUUGGUGAAUGGUUGUUCAAUUUGCAAGGAAUUGCAUAG